AUGAUCAUGAAGGACCGCAACGGCUGGGAUGGAAAAUUGCGCGUCGACGACGAGUCGCAAAGCGAGCGCCGAGCUGUGCUCGCCAACCCCGAAGCUCUGGAGGACCCCGACUACUCCGACGAGGAUGCUCUGCCCGUCGAAGAGAUUGGCCCCGAUGAAGACCUCCUGGAGGACGAGGAUCCCAAUGUUGAAAGAUUAUGUCUUCGCCAAAACCAAAUCAGCCGUAUCGAAUUCCCCGCGCAGCUCGGCUCGACCUUGAAAGAGCUAGAUUUAUACGACAAUCUCAUCGGACAUAUCAAGGGUCUCGACCAUCUCGUCAAUUUGACAAGCCUUGAUCUGAGUUUCAACAAUAUCAAACAUAUCAAGAACAUCUCGCAGUUGAAGCUGUUGACGGACAUAUAUUUCGUGCAAAACAGGAUUGCGACGAUAGAGGGGCUCGAUGACUUGGUGCACUUGAAGAAUCUGGAAUUGGGCGCCAAUCGAAUUAGGGAGAUUCAAAAUCUGGAUAAUCUCAAGAAUCUGGAGCAGUUAUGGCUGGGGAAGAACAAGAUAACGGAGAUGAAGAAUCUCUCCGCCCUCUCCAACCUCAAAAUCCUCUCCAUCCAAUCCAACCGUCUCACCAGCAUCACCGGACUCAGCGACCUCCACAGCCUCGAAGAACUCUACAUCUCGCACAACGCGCUCACCUCCCUCUCCGGCCUAGAGUCCAACAAAAACCUCCGCGUCCUCGAUCUGUCGAAUAACCAAAUCUCCAAGCUAGAAAAUAUUGCGCAUCUCAGUCAACUAGAGGAACUCUGGGCGUCGAAUAAUCAGCUAUCCAGCUUCGAGGAAGUCGAGCGUGAGCUGAAGGAUAAGGAGAAUCUGGAAACGGUCUAUUUUGAGGGUAAUCCGUUGCAGACCAAGAGUCCGGCGUUGUAUAGAAAUAAGGUUCGCCUUGCUUUGCCGCAGGUUAAACAGAUUGAUGCCACUUACGUGCGUCUUUCAUGA